AUGCAGGCCAUUGUGAAUCUGUUCCCAACAUUUGACGAACGGAACCUCAUUGCAGCUUUACAGGCGCUGACUAUAUACAUGCUACUACUCCUCUUCCCUUCCAAUAACCAGCCAGGGGUCUCAUUAAUUGAUGAAAAGCUGAUUGGAGAAGUGAAUGGUUUAAUCCGUUACGGUGUGUCGACUGGUCUGGUACUCGAAGAAGAGAGCAACCGCGUUCGACCCUUAUGGGAAUCAUGGAUCCACGUUUCGUGCAAACGACGAGCUCUUCUAAGUUUAUAUACGAUACAUUGGGCGUACAGUGCAUUUUUCUGCUUACCACCUCUUAAUUGUGCAGAUGUAAGCAAUAUCCCCGCUCCUGCAGCGAAAUACCUAUGGGAAGCCAAUUCAAAGGAGCAAUGGGAGUCACUCUACAACCGCUGGUUAGUCCAAUGGGAUGGACCGUCGCUAUGUCAACGGGAGCUCUUCGACAUUUCUCGUGGAGUGCGAAUGGGGCCCCGAGUGGAGUUGUGGCUUGAAGAUGCGGACGAAUUUGGCAUGCUGUUUGUCGCGCUAUGUAAGCAUGAAACCCCUAUGUUGAUGUUUUGA